AUGGGUGUGCUUGUCGGAGGGUUCAGAAUUCAGAAUUCGAAUUUGACGGAUUUACGUUUUCUGACGAGGCCAAAAGAAUACGAGUUUAGUAUUGCUUGUGAGACAUACGGUGUCUAUAUAAAAAACAAUCGCAACCUAAAGUCAGGAUUCAAGUUACCAGCAAUUUUUAUUUCGGGAAGUGAAGAUGAAGAUCAGAAUUGUCGAUUUGAAGUGAAGAAUAAUCCAAAGUUGAAUGCAGGAAUGAUGUGUGAUUUUCCGUAUCUUAUUUCUGACACAGACGUGAAAGUAGUUGGGAAUUUAAAUAAUUGUGGUGGUCUGGAAGUUGAUAAUACAACAACAACAACAGAUUUCGAUAAUAUAACAACAACAGAUUUCCCCACUGACAACAGCAACAUCACUGAAAAUUUAUUACUUAAUAUCGCAGAAACGACUUUUACCCAAGGACUCCAGCUCAAAGAUGUAAAUGACACCACCUACCUGUCAACUGUGACUGAAAUCACUGGAAUUAUUGAUAUUCAAAACACGAGAUUUCAGAAUUUAUCAUUCUUGAAGUCAGUUAGCUUCUUUGAAUUCCCGAAUACAACUAGUGUUGUAUUCAAUCUUAAAAAUAACCCAGAAAUGACAAGACUUGGAUUUCCAAAUAUUAGUAACAUUGGCACCAACAAAAGUCCCAAUACUAAUUUUUGGUUCAAUAUCGAGAAUUUGCACCCAGAAUUCUGUCUGACUCCCGCUGAAUUAGUGGAUUUCUUCUUCCGUCACGACAUCUCUUUUCUCAAUAUUCAUGCAAAACUUUGCAAUGAAACCGGAAAACUGCUCUAUGACACCCCAUUUUGUCGAUUCGAAUCAAUGAAAAAACUACCGAAUAAUUGUAACUUCAUUCUGGGAGACUUGAUAAUCGAGGAAGGGGAUGAAAGGGAUGUAGUGAAGUUGGACAAUUUCUGGUAUCUAUUUGGGUGUCUGAUAAUACGAAAUACCAAAUUGGAAACUAUGAAUUAUCUGGCAAACUUGUUUCGUGUUGCAUAUUUUGGCCCCAACCCCGUUAUACAAAUUUUUUCAAACCCAAAUCUAAAAGAGGUGAAGAUUCCUUUGAUGAACGUGAUAACUCGUUACAACCGAGACGUGUUAUUCCAGGACAAUCUUCCUGGAAUUUUCAACAAAACCGGUGGAGUAUGUGGAUUCACAGAUGUGUUCUACGUGUAUCUUCUGAACAGAACUCACUUUAAUUAUAUUGGAGGGGAUUGUGGUGGGUUACUGUAUUGGUAA